AUGGAAAUUAGGAAGACAACAGAGAAUGUCUUGGCAAUUGCGGAUGAUGUCAUCGCUUUAAUAGCUAAUGGUUGCCCAUUGAAUGAGGUAAAAUGUGAUCAGCAUCUCAAUAUGUUUAUUCAGUCACCAGUAUCUACUAAUAGGGUGGACAAAGCGAUUCAGACUGAGUACUAUACUGUGGCUAGGGCGGUUCAACAUUGCAACUUGACAAAAAGCAUUGCAGUACAGAAUAUAUCAUUAAGUGCAGAUCUGGGUACACAGACAGAUUCUUCCGUGAUCUCUUCAGCAGUCCAAACAGAACCGGAUAUGUCCCAUACUUUUAUUCAAGAAGCUUUUAAAAAGGCUAACAACAUUAUCAUUUCACGAUUUGUAAAUAUAGAAGAGAUGUGGAUGAAUCUACUCAACCGUUUACAUCGCUUUAAUUUAGAAUUUAGAAGAUUAUCAACCUCCUUGGAUUCCGUUAGAAGGUCACGUGAUUUUUUUGAAGAAAAAUUAAGGCAAUCUCAGUGGGUUCUCAAUGUUUAUGCAUUAGUAGAAGAAGAAAUUGAGGCUCGUCGUGAUAUUUCCGAAGAGGAGCAAGGAUCACGUUAUAAUAUUGCUUUAAUGGCGAGUUGUGUUAUGAUUGGAUUUCAUAGAGAAUGCGAAAAAGACCUUUUAGUUACUCGAAAUGAGUUAAUUGAAAAGUUAAAUGAUAUAGAUGCUUUGCGGAGACAGCUUUCUGAUAUUCAUGAGGGUAAUACCAUUUGCACUACCACAGAUAAAUCUGAAGUCUGCAACUGUGUAUCUGAAAAAAAACUUACCGAGCAUGCGGAUGACCUUGAAUCUACCGAGGAAAUGAAAAGACUUUUGACGGAAUGUUGGGUGGUUUUGGGUCAGGACAUCUAG